UCUCGCUUCCCCUGCGGUCUCUCGCUCUGCGCGCACACACCACACACACGCACACGCACACACACGCGCGCACACACGCAGCCGGCACAGGCGGCGGCGGCGGCGGCUGCUCAAGUCAGGACGAACCUCUCUAGGUACCGUCUUGAGAAGGCGGCGGCGGCGGCGGCGGCGGCGGCGGCGGCAGCGGCGGCAGCGGCAGCGGCAGCCCGAGCAUCCCUCCUCAGCCGGAGAGGGAGCACCGCCGAGAGUUUCCGUUCCCUUUGCCGUUCCCUUCCCCCUCCUUUUCUUUAUUUUUCGAGAGAAUUUCUUCUUCGCUUAUUGGUUUAAUUUGAUUUUGAAAAUUUUUGGUUGCUUUUGUGUGUGUGCUUUUUUUUUUUUUUUCUUUCCUCAUUUUAUUUGCUUCCAGAGCAUGGCGGGCUGCGGGCUGUCGGAAGACACCUUCUUCUCUUCCUUCUUUUACAACUACGGCUCCUCCUGGGAAACCCCUUCCAACCAGGUUUUUUGCGAAAAUCAGUGAACUAAUAUUGGUAAAAUUGGAGCCCCAUGGAUGAAGGGUACUUUUCUGCCCCUGAACUGCCCUCGCUGCCGCUUUGGUAAAGGCUUGCAACGAAAGAGUAACAGCCACUGGCGAAUCCAGUUUGUGCAAGCAGCAUCAGCAAUGGAUGAGACCUCCCCCAGGCUGGAAGAAGACUGGAAAAAAGGACUUCAGCGAGAAGCGAGCUGGCAGUGUGCUGCUCUGGUUGGUGAAGACCAGCCUCUUUGCCCAGAUCUUCCUGAACUUGACCUUUCUGAACUAGACGUGAACGACUUGGAUACAGACAGCUUUCUGGGUGGACUCAAGUGGUGCAGUGACCAGUCAGAAAUAAUAUCCAAUCAGUACAACAAUGAGCCUUCAAACAUAUUUGAGAAGAUAGAUGAAGAGAAUGAGGCAAACUUGCUAGCAGUCCUCACAGAGACACUGGACAGUCUCCCUGUGGAUGAAGACGGAUUACCCUCAUUUGAUGCACUGACAGAUGGAGAUGUGACCACCGAGAAUGAGGCUAGUCCUUCCUCCAUGCCUGAUGGCACCCCUCCGCCUCAGGAGACAGAAGAGCCGUCUCUGCUUAAGAAGCUCUUACUGGCACCAGCCAACACUCAGCUAAGUUAUAAUGAAUGCAGUGGCCUCAGUACCCACAACCAUGCAAACCAUAAUCACAGGAUCAGAACAAACCCUGCAGUUGUUAAGACCGAGAAUUCAUGGAGCAAUAAAGCGAAGAGCAUUUGUCAACAGCAAAAGCCACAAAGGCGUCCCUGCUCGGAGCUUCUCAAGUAUCUGACCACAAAUGAUGACCCUCCUCACACCAAACCCACAGAGACCCGGAACAGCAGCAGAGACAAAUGCACCUCCAAAAAGAAGGUCCACACACAAUCUCAGUCACAACAUUUACAAGCCAAACCAACAACUUUAUCUCUUCCUCUGACCCCAGAGUCACCAAAUGACCCCAAGGGUUCCCCAUUUGAGAACAAGACUAUUGAACGAACCUUAAGUGUGGAACUCUCUGGAACUGCAGGCCUAACUCCACCCACAACUCCUCCUCAUAAAGGCAACCAAGAUAACCCUUUUAGGGCUUCUCCAAAGCUGAAGCCCUCUUGCAAGACUGUGGUACCUCCGCCAUCAAAGAAGGCCCGGUACAGUGAGUCUUCCGGUAUCCAAGACAAUAACUCCACCAGGAAAGGGCCCGAGCAGUCUGAGUUGUACGCACAGCUCAGCAAGACCUCCGUGCUCACCAGUGGACACGAGGAAAGGAAGGCCAAGCGGCCCAGUCUGCGGCUGUUUGGUGACCAUGACUAUUGUCAGUCAAUUAAUUCCAAAACGGAAAUACUCAUUAAUAUAUCACAGGAGCUCCACGACUCCAGACAACUAGAAUAUAAAGAUGCCUCCUCCAACUGGCAGGGGCAGAUGCGCUCUUCCACAGAUUCAGACCAGUGCUACCUGAGAGAGGCCUCGGGGGUGAGCAGGCAGGUCUCUCCCGGCAGCACCAGAAAACAGCUCCAAGACCAGGAAAUCCGAGCUGAGCUGAACAAGCACUUCGGUCAUCCCAGUCAAGCUGUUUUUGACGACGAAGCAGACAAGACCAGUGAACUGAGGGACAGUGAUUUCAGUAAUGAACAAUUCUCCAAACUACCUAUGUUUAUAAAUUCAGGACUAGCCAUGGAUGGCCUGUUUGAUGACAGCGAGGAUGAAAGUGAUAAACUGAAGUCCCCUUGGGAUGGCACGCAGUCCUAUUCAUUGUUCCAUGUGUCGCCUUCUUGUUCUUCUUUUAACUCUCCAUGUAGAGAUUCCGUGUCACCACCCAAAUCCUUAUUUUCUCAAAGACCCCAAAGGAUGCGCUCUCGUUCACGGUCCUUUUCUCGACAUAGGUCGUGUUCUCGAUCACCAUAUUCCAGGUCAAGAUCAAGGUCCCCAGGCAGUAGAUCCUCUUCAAGAUCUUGCUACUACUAUGAGUCAGGCCACUGCAGACACCGCGCGCACCGAAAUUCUCCCCUGUGCGCGAGAUCACGUUCAAGAUCGCCCUACGGCCGGCGGCCCAGGUAUGACAGCUACGAAGAGUAUCAGCACGAGAGGCUGAAGAGGGAAGAAUACCGCAGAGAGUAUGAGAAACGGGAGUCUGAAAGGGCCAAACAGAGAGAGAGGCAAAGGCAGAAGGCAAUUGAAGAACGCCGUGUGAUUUAUGUUGGUAAAAUCAGACCUGACACAACACGGACAGAACUGAGGGACCGUUUUGAAGUUUUUGGUGAAAUUGAGGAGUGCACAGUAAAUCUGCGGGAUGAUGGAGACAGCUAUGGUUUCAUUACCUACCGUUAUACCUGUGAUGCUUUUGCUGCUCUUGAAAAUGGAUAUACUUUGCGCAGGUCGAAUGAAACUGACUUCGAGCUGUACUUUUGUGGACGCAAGCAGUUUUUCAAGUCUAACUAUGCAGACCUAGAUUCAAACUCAGAUGACUUUGACCCUGCUUCCACCAAGAGCAAGUAUGACUCUCUGGAUUUCGAUAGUUUACUGAAAGAAGCCCAGAGAAGCUUGCGCAGGUAACAUGUUCCCUGGCUGAGGAUGACAGAGGGACGGUGAAUACCUCACGGGACAGCGCGUCCUUCCCUAACAGACUGUUGCAAGUCAUACUUAGGAAUUUCUCCUACUUUACACUCUCUAUACAAAAACAAAACAAAACAACAACAAUACAACAAGAACAACAACAAUGGUUUACAUGAACACAGCUGCUGAAGAGGCAAGAGACAGAAUGGAAACCCAGUAAGCACAUGUUUAUUUAUGGGUGUCAGCUUUGCUUUCCCUGAGUCUCUUGGUGAUGGAGUGUGUGUGUGUGUGUGUGUGUGCGCGCGCGCGCGUGUGCUUGCCUGGUUUGGGGGAAGUGUGUAUGUACAGGUGGGGACUGGGGGCACCUGACCAGUGCGUGCAAGGGCAAACCACUUCAAAUGGCAGCAGUUCCAUGAAGACACACUUAAAACCUAGAACUUCAAAAUGUUCAUAUUCUAUUCAAAAGGAAAAAAAAAAAUAUGUACAUCCAAAAGGAAAGAAAACCAACCAACCACAAGCCACCCUAAAAUGACAGACACUGAUGUCUGGGCAUCAGCCUCCGUACUCUGUUUUUUUUAAGAAAGUGCAAAAUCAACUUGAAGCAAGCUUUCUCUCAUAACGUAAUGAUUAUAUGACAAUCCCGAAGAAACUGCAGGUUCCGUAGAACUCAUAUCCUUUCUCUCUCUCUCCCUUUUUUUCUUUCUUUUUCUCCUUUUUCCUUUUGCCAUGGAAUCUGGGUGGGAGAGGAUACUUCGGGCACCGAGCUCAACUUUCCUAACAUUUUGAAGUUUCUGUAGUUCGUCCUUUCUCAUGACACCCAUGUAAAUGUCCAAAAUGUUGAUCUUCCACAGCGAAUUUCAAAAGCCUUGUCAAUGGUCAAGCUUGCAGCUUGUUCAGUGGUUCUUUCUGAGGAGCGAGCACGGUGUCACAUUACUAAUGGGAGUUGGGUAGAACUCUCUGGGAUGUGUUCAGAUAGUAUCAUUGCUACAUUCUCUGAUGUAGUUAAGUAUUUACAGAUGUUAAAUGGAGUAUUUUUAUUUUGUGUACAUAUGAUACAAUGAUGUUCUUUUUUUGUUACAGCUAUGCACUGUAAAUGCAGCCUUCUUUUCAAAACUGCUAAAUUUUUCUUAAUCAAGAAUAUUCAAAUGUAAUUAUGAGGUGAAACAAUUAUUGUACACUAACAUAUUUAGAAGCUGAACUUACCGCUUAUAUAUAUUUGAUUGUAAAACAAAACAAACAAAAAAGGACAGUGUGUGUGUCCGUUGAGUGCAACACAACAAACCGAUGCUUUACGCACAACCAUCCCUUCUUAGGUGAGCUUCGAUCCAAGCAUCUUGUCAAGAAAUCUCCUAGCCCCCUAAAGGUAUUAACCACUUCUGCGAUAUUUUUCCACAUUUUCUUGUUGCUUGUUUUUCUUUGAAGUUUUAUACACUGGAUUUGUUAGGGGAAUGAAAUUUUCUCAUCUAAAAUUUUUCUAGAAGAUAUCAUGAUUUUAUGUAAAGUCUCUCAAUGGGUAACCAUUAAGAAAUGUUUUUAUUUUCUCUAUCAACAGUAGUUUUGAAACUAGAGGUCAAAAAUCUUUUUAAAAUGCUGUUUUGUUUUAAUUUUUGUGAUUUUAAUUUGAUACAAAAUGCUGAGGUAAUAAUUACAGUAUGAUUUUUACAAUAAUUAAUGUGUGUCUGAAGACUAUCUUUGAAGCCAGUAUCUCUUUCCCUUGGCAGAGUAUGAUGAUGGUAUUUAUCUGUAUUUUUUACAGUUAUGCAUCCUGUAUAAAUACUGAUAUUUCAUUCCUUUGUUUACUAAAGAGACAUAUUUAUCAGUUGCAGAUAGCCUAUUUAUUAUAAAUUAUGAGAUGAUGAAAAUAAUAAAGCCAGUGGAAAUUUUCUACCUAGGAUGCAUGGCAAUUGUCAGGUUGGAGUUUAAGUGUUUCAUUUGGGAAAUUCCGCUUUUGCAGAAGCAGUGUUUCUACUUGCACUAGCAUGGCCUCUGACGUGACCAUGAAGUUGUUCUUGAUGACAUUGCUUCUGCUAAAUUCAAUAAAAACUUCAGAAAAACCUCCAUUUUUGAGCAUCAGGAUUUCCUCUGAGUGUGGAGCCCUGGAAUGGAAGUCAGUAAAGUUUGGCGUGUACAUUCAAGUUUUUAAAUUGAGAUCCGAUUACAGUUUGGCCGACAUGACUUUUCUGGAAGACAUGAUAUACCUACUACGUAAUCGUUCUUUUCCUUUCUCUCGCCCAACACGAUCUUAUAAAAUGGAUUUCACCCCCAGGCCAAUGCAGCUAAUUUUGAAAGCUGCAUUCAUUUAUCACCAGCAUAUUGUGUUCUGAGUGAAUCCACUGUCUGUCCUGUCGGAUGCUUGCUUGAGUUUUUGGCUUCUUAUUUCUAAGUAGAUAGAAAGCAAUAAAAAUACUAUGAAAUAAAAGAACUUGUUCACAGGUCCUGCGUUACGACCGUAACACAUCUUUAAUCCGCCUAAUUCUUGUUGUUCCGUAGGUUAAAUGCAGGUAUUUUAACUCUGUGUGGACGCCAAACUAAAGUUUACAGUCUUUCUUUCUGAAUUUUGAGUAUCUUCUGUUGUAGAAUAAGAAUAAAAAAAGACUAUUAAGAGCAAUAAAUUAUUUUUAAGAAAUCAAUAUUUAGUAAAUCAUAUUAUGUGUUCAAGGACCAGAUGCUUUCUCUAUUUUGCCUUUAAAUUUUUUGUGAUCCAAUUUUCAAUACCUUCUCCUUUUUGCCCUGGAUUGUUGACAUGAGUAAAAAUCUUGGUUUCUUUUCUUACUUAUGAAAAGACAACACUACAGAUUUCAUGUUGAGGAUUCAUUUAUCCCCCCUUCUGGCCUGACAAAUAUUGUUACCAUGAAGAUAGUUUUCUUCCAUGGACUUCAAAUUGCAUCUAAAAUUAGUGCAAAGAGAGACUCACUAGACCAUCCAAAUAGAGCUUUUGUAUCUUAUGCAGACACUGUGGGUAGCCCAUCAAAAUGUAAACUGUGUUCCUUUUAUUUUUAUUUUUAAAAUUUUUUUUGGAGAGAAUAUUUCCAAUGAACACAUGCACCCCAUCAUCACUGGAGGCAAAUUUCAGCAUAGAUCUGUAGGAUUUUUAGAUGACCCCGGGCCAUUGCCUUCAUGCUGUGGUAAGUACCACAUCUACAAUUUUGGUAACUGAACUGGUGCUUUAGAAAUGUGGGUUGUUUUUUGUUUUUCAAGAGAUGUAGCAGAAUAAUUCUUCCAGUGCAACAAAAUCAAUUUUUGCUAAACGACUCUGAGAGCAACGGUUGGGCUGUCAACAUUCAAAGCAGCAGAGAGGGAACUUUGCACUAUUGGGGUAUGAUGGUUGGGUCAGUUGAAAAAAAGGAAACCUUUUCAUGCCUUUAGAUGUGAACUUACAGUAGGUAAUGAUUAUGUGUCCUUUUUUGAUGGCUGUAAUGAGAACUUCAAUCACUGUAGUCUAAGACCUGAUCUAUAGAUGACCUAGAAUAGCCAUGUAAUAUAAUGUGAUGACUCUAAAUUUGUACCUAUGUGACAGACAUUUUCAAUAAUAUGAACUGCUGAUUUGAUGGAGCUACUAUAAGAUUUGUAGGUGAAAGUGUAAUACUGUUGGUUGAACUAUGCUGAAGAGGGAAAGUGAGCGAUUAGUUGAGCCCUUGUCGGGCUUUUUUUUUUUCCCACCUGCCAACUCUACAUGUAUUGUUGUGGUUUUAUUCAUUGUAUGAAAAUUCCUGUGAUUUUUUUUUUUAAAUGUGCAGUACACAUCAGCCUCACUGAGCUAA